AAGAAAGAAAGAAAGAAAGAAAGAAAGAAAGAAAGAAAGAAAGAAGAAAGAAAGAAACUGAACCUGACCAUGUUUUGUGACCUAGUAGCUCACAAAUUAUUUGGCUACUUCACCACCCAGAGCCUUUCUCCAAAACAGGAACUGGAUAAGUGUAUUAUUAUACAUUAUUCCAGACUGCUUUGGUUCUCAAUUUCUAUUGCCCAAAUAUCCAUCAGCUUAGCAACCAUUAUUUCAUAUAUCACAAUAAUACAGUAAGCAGUGGUAAUAAUACAGAAAUCCAAGGUGGAAAGGGAACUGUUUGGGAGCACACGACUUUCCUGUGUUAACUCCAUCUCACAAAAAAGUGAAGCAAAAACUAUGAAGGGGUGGAGAAAUUAAUGGCUGCUGCCCUCUUCUCACUCCCCAACCCCCACCUCCCAGAGCAAUAGGAAGGAGAAUUUGUCUUUGCUCUAAGGAGAGCAAGAGUCACCUCACUCAAUCUGUUCUGCUAGACUCAACGAUCACAUUCUCACACUACCUUCAGGCACAAUGCUGGCUGGUGUACCACCGUUGCAAUAGAAUCACAUACUCCUUUCAGAGUCUCUGAACUCUGGGGAGAACAGAAAAGCACAAAUCUAAUGUGAAAUGUUGGAAUCUGCAAAAGCCUAAAGGACCUCAACAUAGCAGGAACUCAACUUUCCACCCCUGAAUUGUGACAUCUUUCAUCUUCCACCCUCAAAUUCUUUGAGAACCAUCAUAGGCACUCCGGUUCAUGUGAUCUGGUGGCAACUAAUUAUCCUAACUGAAUGAUGGAAAUACCCUCUUGUCAAUUUUGAUUCUCUAUAUCCUGCUUCUGUCACCUCUAGCUCCCUUUCUGUCUCACUCUCUGACCUCAAAAAAGCAGUUUUGUGUUCCUUCUUUGCAUAUAACCCGGUUUCAAAGAAAGCACCACAACCUAAUCAAGUCUGCCCCAAACAGCCCACAAAACAGAGGAAAUUCUGAGCCUCUCAGAAAUGGACUAAACCUACUACAUUCAGGAACUGCCAUUUCUGCCCACGGAAUCACCCACCAUUUUCUGAAACAGAUGAAAAUAGAUAUCUCCCUCAGAAGCUUUGCAACAGCUUCUUCUAUUGAAUGCCCACAUCCACCUCAAAUUGACUUUGCCUCCUUUGAAACGCAAAUUUAUAUGAAGGGCACAAUCCUAGACUGUUCCUGUAAACCUGGUUAUGAUAGGAAGGAAGGCACUCCCUUACUUAUUGUGUGUGAAGACACACAAGGGCAUCUUUCCUGGAAUGAUAAGUGUCAGUGUAAGGGUAAAUCCCCUCAGAGCCAGGAGGAACAAAGUGUUUUGAGCGCUCCUAUUAACUCUAGAGAACAGACAGACAGAACUCAAACAAUUACAGACAACAGACUUCAACCUUACAACCUCACAGGUCACUGCCUGGAACCUGUACUUUGGAGCCAUGCUAGCGAAACAAAGAGUUAUCAGUUUGUUGUGGGACAGACACUUCAAUACCAGUGUCUCAAAACAGCUAAAUAUAAGGGUACUGCUGAGAGUACCUGCAUAAACAGCAAUGGAAAACCAACAUGGACUAAACCACAUCUGAAAUGCUCCAAUGUCACUUCCACUGAAACAUCCAUACCAUCUUCAUUUACUACAGAACAUAAAAUAGCAGCUUCCACUGAAACAUCUGUACCAUCUUCAUUUACUACAGAACAUAAAAUAGCAGCUUCCACUGAAACACCUGUACCAUCUUCAUUUACUACAGAACAUAAGAUAGCAGUUGCUGCUUGUAUUUUCCUGAUGAGUUUUCUAAUCUUCCUGGUCUGGAUCACCUGGAGGAAAAGAUGGAGAAGAAGACGGCAAACUGACAAAGAAAAGACCAAAAAAAGAGAAGUAAGAAGCCAACAAUAUUGUGGCAAGAAUCACAUGCCUGACCAUCCUGUAGGACUCUUGUCUGCUUAGUGUGCUAGAAGCCAUUCUUGUUUUUCUCUGCCAUCCCAAGGAGCAACCACAUAAGCUAAAUGUUCACCUAUCAAGCCCAUAUUAAUGGCAGCAAAUCUUUCAGAAAUGUCAGUUACUGACAUAUUUGAUCCCCUGACUUAGAAGACACAGCUCUAGAGUUAUAUCAAAAACAAAGAUUAGCACUCAUCAGGACUGCUUUGCAGAAUAAAUGUUGUGCUCUGUCAGCUUCUAAACACAGUCUAUCUUGAUCCAUCUGUUGUGAAAAGCUGGUGAGCUUUCUAUUAGCAUGGCCUAGUAGAGACAUAGAAAAAAUAGAGCCCUUCGCUAGGCUAAAAUAAUAACUUUCCUUUGGGUGUCAAAUCUGAUUCCAUUCGUUCAACAAAAUGUUUAUUAACCAAUAGCUAUGUAUUGUGCAAAGGCUUGAUGAGGUACAAAGAUAAAUAAGACUUGUUCUCCACCUUAAAAGAGAUUUGUAUUUGGCUGUGGAGUGAGAGAGAAAGGACAUGAACACACACACCCCUCUAAUGCUUAGUAAUAUUUUUCCAAUUAUAAUGCAUGUCCUUUUCAUUCUCAAGGGAAUGGAAUAAUGACUAUGUUUGACCUGACUUCCCAGGCUUAAGAGCAAAUGAGAGGAGAAUACCCAUUUUUAAAUCUGGAUCUACUAUUUAACUCCUAAUUCCUCAUCUCUAGCCUUUAAACUUUUAGCACAAAUAAACCACACGAUAUUCCUUCUCAUCUCCAGUAUUUAAGUAUAUCUUUCACUCUUUUCCCAUAUCCAGGGUACUCCUUCUUAUUCCCUUUGUGUCCUUUUCUUGACCCUUUUGAAUAUAUUGCCUGUCAUCUGUAUCUCAGAACUGGAGGAAACAAUGAAGAAGCAGAAGCAAAGAGAGGGGAAGUGAUCUGCUUAAGGUUACAAAAAAAAAGUUUUAAAAACAAAACUAGAACUAUAGCUCCUGUCUUACAGUACAACCCUGUUGCCACCAUUUAUUUAGUGGAUGUCAUGCCUGAAACUUAAGAUUAAUGAGGAAAAAGAUAAGGAUUAUCCAGAGAUGACUUACCUACACACUACUCUAGUUUGUUUUUAUGAAUGAAGAUUUGUUAGCUAAUAAGUAGGAUAUUCCUCAAAACUACAUAGAGUGUAAAGAAAAAAAGGCUCCUUUGGGAUUUGCCUUACUUUUGCCCCAACUUCCUAACACAGAAUGACACAACCAUACAAAAUCCCAGCACAAAUAAGUGAUACCUGACCCUUUUGCUCCAAUUCACCCCACACCUUGACAACCUGCCCUGGUUUCUGUAGACUCUUUGAGUAAAGAUUGCUUUGUUUUGUAUUUGUAUCCUCAGGCCUGGCACACUGAGUAGAGCAUAACAGGCAUUUUAAAAAUGUUUGAUUAUUAAUGAAUUGAUGGUAAACACACUAAAAGCUAUAGACAAAUGACUUUUCAGUUUUUCCUUUUUAGCUUACAGUUCCUUUUUUAGCUUGAUUCUACCUAGUCUUCACUGGGAAUGGCUACUUAGAUUAUAAACUCCUAGAAGGCAAGUGACAUGGCUUUAUAACUUUAUGCAGCAUUCAGCACAGUACUACAUCCAUUUGGGCACUAUGAUUAUAAUCAUAGAAACUUAAGACUCAAAGGAUCUUAAAUGGUCAUCAUUGGGACUAGACUCAAAUACAGCAAUGUAUUUGUGAUGUCAUUGAUUUUAACAUUUUCCUUCUGAUCAUAAAGCUCUCAACCCAUUCAGGUUUGCCCAUCCUAUGUAACUCUUGCCUAUGUCUUCCCAUAAGUUUGCUAUACAAGGUCCACUCCACAUGCCAAAGGCCUUCUUUAUUUUUUCCUGACAUCCCAAAGAUAUCAGUGAAAUACUCAGGCUAUCCACUUAUAAUCCUCUACCCCCAGCAGGUGACUGACUAUAAUAUGUGAAAUUUAAACAUAAGCUAAGUCAAUCCAUUGGUUAAUUGUACUUCUCUGACAAUAUUUGGCUAAAUCAGAAUGUAUGAUAAGACUAACACUGACUAACAUGCAUAACAGAAACCACUUCUUAGCAAAUGCAUGAGUUGGAGUUCUUUUUGGUUUCAUCACUUUACCCAAUUUCUAAAUGGUCCUUGGUAGAACCAGCAUGGACCCAACAAAGUUCCCAACCCAAAGAUCACCUUGGGCUCAAGUCCUAGGAAUCCUGGCUUCUUUGCUAGGCUGGCUGCAAAAUCUGGCCUCCAACAUUAUCAUGGCUCAAGUCCAGAUCCAGGGACUCUAGCACCUUUGCCUAGAACUAUAAAGAACAAGCAAAAAAGCAAAAAGAAAACCUGAGCCCGUUUCUUGGAGCCAUAGGGUCUGAUGGGGGGGAGGGGAGACACGAUGUGAGUGAACAGGAUGUUUCCCCUUUGAAUGCUGCCAGAAAGAAUGUCUGUCUGUUAGUUUUAAAGCAGAAGCCUGUUCUGGCUAUGCAACCUAUGGGAAAAGGCUAUCUUCACCCAGAUGGUGAGGGAAUAUAGAAGGUCAUCUCCCACAUAGGUGAUCUGAGUAAGCACAAAGCAAAGCCCCACAUAAAUAAAAUGAUGCUUUACAUGUUAGUUGCUAUAUAUGUUACAAACCAUGUUUAGAAAUCUAUUUUCAGAUAAGCGUAUGGCACCUAUUCAAUUUUUUAAAUAUGGAUUUUAAGGGUCAUUUGAAACUAUUAGGACUACUAGCUCUGAGUAGAGCUAGUCCAAACUGAUAAUUUUCUGUCCAACGAGUUCUGCAGCCUCUUUGACUUUCAGCUAAACAAAAUUCUCAAAAUCAUGCAUAGUAGAGAAGUACUUUUAUGAGUUGUUUUAUUUUUUCAGCUUAAUACAAGUUAGAUAUUAAAUAAUGUUCAUAACACAAGGUAGGUAUUACAAUUUCAUUAGGAAUAGUAUUUCAAAAUGAGUUGGUUUUAGAUGGGUUUAAAUGGUGUGAAUCAAUCCAAACAAACGUGUAUUAUGCACUCAGAGUAUAAUUCUUUUGAUUUGUCCAGGGCUUAUUUACCAUUAACAAAUAGACGCCUAUUUACAAAUGGACCAGUUUCUAAACAUGAGCCAUAACAAAGGAGAAACGUGAAUAUCUGUAAGUGAGCUCCUAAUUAUUCCUCCAGUAGAGCAAAUUUUAUCUUAUAACCAUAUUCCUUCUUCACUAACUCCUCCCACACUUAGCCUACAGCAAAUCACCUUAAGGUUUUCAAAGGACAAUGCCUAGCUUCAUUCACAGAGACUUCUUCCCAAAAUUAAUUGACUCUUAUUCUCUGCAGAAGUUGUAAAAAAUGUUGAAAUAGUUAAUAAAAAAAAAAGAUAGAUGACUUUUGCUUCCAAAGAAAAUGUCACGAAAGAUUUCAGGAGCAUUCUCAAAUAAGAAUAAGAAUAUGUUCUUUUUCUCCUGGUGUGGAACCAUCGAACAGCUCUUGUCAAGUAUGUUCCAAGGACAAGUGUUUUUCAGACAGCUGGCUGUAACUAAUAGUAAUUUCUGGUUAUAGAAAAAAGUCAGCAAAUAACCUUGGCUUCUCUAGCACUAUGAG